AUGGUUGUUAAUGGAUUUGCUAAAGGAAAUAAAUUAAAGAAUGUUACUAAUUUGACUUCUCUUGUUCGAGUUACAUAAAAUACUCCUGAUAUUAAGCUUAUAAUGAUAAUGCUGGAGAUAGAACACUUUCAAUCUUUAUUGAUAAAGGUGUCUGGUAUUUUAGUAUUUAUAAUUAUGGAGAUAUAUUAAGGAUCAAGCAUAUUUUAUUAUAUAUAUUCUAGUUGA